AGCCCCCUCCUCCAGCCCCGCCCACCCUGCUGUGCAGGCUGCCGUGGGUUUGCCUUACCUCCUCCGGUUGGGGGGCUGUUUUACUUCGCCCACGAUGAGAAACAGAGGCUUACGUGAUGUAUUGAAGGUCAAACAGCCAGUAAAUGGUGGAGCCAAGUUUCAAACCCAGCUGUUCUCACUGAAACUCUACUGACGCCAUAAGAACCAGAACAAGAAAAGAUCCGUUUGGCCUGGCGUGUCUGGAAAGACUUCACUGAGCUCUUUUAAAAAGACACAGCAAACCAGCGGAUGUGACGGGGUGCAGAAUCACCAACAACCUGGAGGAAACCAGUCGCCCUUUACAAGUAUGGGUGAAGUUGCCUCACUUCCGGUGUCAUGUGACUCUCCCGUAGUCAUCACAUGACCCAUUUACUCCGUGAUGCCGGAAUUCAUCCCCAAGGCUAAUCCCGGGUCUGUAGCUACCCAAGUACCUGCAGCUCCACUUCGAUUUAGGGGACUUUGUCCCCUCCGAGGCUGCGAACGCUGCAGUCUUCCCACCUGGUGAUGGAGCCUGCAAGUCCUUCCAGAGAGGAAUGUCCCAAGGCCCUGGGCAGGGUAGGCAUCAUGGCUGCCAGACUCACGGGAUUGCUUCUACUUCAGGCAGUUUCUUGGGCGUCAGGUGCCCGCCCCUGCAACCCUAAAAACUUUGGCUACAGCUCGGUGGUCUGUGUCUGCAAUGCCACCUACUGUGACUCCCUUGAUCCCCUGACCCUGCCUGCCCCUGGCACCUUCACACGCUAUGAGAGCACACGCAGCGGGCGCCGAAUGGAGCGGAGUCUGGGGACCAUCCAGGCCAACCAAACAGGCACAGGGCUGUUGCUGACCCUGCAGCCGGAGCAGAAGUUCCAGAAAAUAAAGGGAUUUGGAGGGGCCAUGACAGAUGCUGCUGCUCUCAAUAUCCUUGCCCUGUCACCCCCUGCCCGGAAUCUGCUACUCAAAUCAUACUUCUCUGAAGAAGGAAUUGAAUACAACAUCAUUCGGGUACCCAUGGCCAGUUGUGACUUCUCCAUCCGCAUCUACACCUAUGCCGACACCCCUGACGACUUCCAGUUGCACAACUUCAGCCUCCCAGAGGAAGAUGUCAAGCUCAAGAUACCCCUGAUCCACCAGGCCCUAGAGAUGUCCCAGCGCCCUGUCUCCCUCUUCGCCAGUCCUUGGACAUCACCCACUUGGCUCAAGACCAAUGGGGCAGUGAAUGGGAGGGGGUCACUCAAGGGUCAGCCGGGGGACCUCUACCACCAGACUUGGGCCAGAUACUUUGUCAAGUUCCUGGACGCCUAUGCGGAGCACAAGUUGCAGUUCUGGGCAGUGACCGCGGAAAACGAGCCUUCUGCAGGACUCUUCAGCGGGUACCCCUUCCAGUGCCUGGGCUUCACCCCUGAACACCAGCGAGACUUCAUUGCCCGGGACCUGGGCCCCACCCUGGCCAACAGUGCUCACCGAGGCGUCCGUCUGCUCAUGCUGGAUGACCAGCGCUUGCUGUUGCCCCACUGGGCCGAGGUGGUGCUGGCGGACCCAGAGGCAGCUAAGUAUGUUCACGGCAUCGCUGUACAUUGGUACCUGGACUUUCUGGCUCCGGCAAAAGCCACCCUGGGGGAGACACACCGCCUGUUCCCCGACACCAUGCUCUUUGCCUCAGAGGCCUGUGUGGGCUCCAAGUUCUGGGAGCAGAGUGUGCGGCUGGGCUCCUGGGAUCGAGGGAUGCAGUACAGCCACAGCAUCAUCACGAACCUCCUCUACCAUGUGGUUGGCUGGACUGACUGGAACCUCGCCCUGAACCCUGAAGGAGGACCCAAUUGGGUGCGCAACUUUGUUGACAGCCCCAUCAUCGUGGACAUCGCCAAGGACACGUUUUACAAACAGCCCAUGUUCUACCACCUUGGCCACUUCAGCAAGUUCAUUCCUGAAGGCUCCCAGAGAGUGGGGCUGGUCGCUAGUGAGAAGAACGACCUGGAAGCAGUGGCACUGAUGCGUCCCGACGGCUCUGCAGUUGUGGUGGUGCUAAACCGCUCCUCUAAGGAUGUGCCUCUCACCAUCAAGGAUCCUGCUCUGGGCUUCCUGGAGACGGUCUCCCCUGCCUACUCCAUUCACACCUAUUUGUGGCGGCGCCAGUGAUGGAGCAGAUACCCAAGCAGAGGCCUGGGCUCAACAUGGGCAUUAAAGGGACCGAGUCAGCUCACAUGCUGUCUGUGGCUAACAGGGUA